AUGGCCGCCGUAUCAGCACCCACUCCCAAGCUGGAUCGCUACAUCGUCAUCCACGUUGCGACCACCUGCGACGAACAUGGCGUCUAUGUCACCAAGGACUCCGCCGAGGUCAUCGAAUUGGGCUGGAUCCUGCUGGAUUCCAAGACCUGCGAGGAGCUUCACCGUGAAAGCGUCCUCGUCAAGCCCGUCAACACUCCCAUUACGCCGCUGUGCACGAGCUUGACUACUCUGACGUGGGAGCAUGUCCGCUCUGCAGGCACUUUCCGUGAUGCCAUUUCCCGAUUCGAUGCCUUUGCUCAGGAACACCUCACCAACAAGCAACUCGAGUUUGCCUUUGUGACCUUGGAUUCAUGGGAUUUGCGCGUGCAGCUGCCCCGCGAGGCCCGUGAUAAGGCCGUCGUGCUGCCAGCUUAUCUGCAGCACUCCCGGACCUUCGACCUGCGUACCGAAUAUCAACGCUGGCAAACCCACCACCCCGAGUCGUUGCCGUUCGGUCCCAGCUCCCUCUCCAACAUCUGCGCCGCCCUCGAGGUUGAACCCGUUCAGUCCUCGGCUCCCAUCAAGCACAACCUGCCCUUUCACCUGCAGGCACUGGCUCCCGCUUCGCCGCGCCGUGCCAUGGAAGAGUCCAUUACUCUGGCCCGCGUCCUUCGGGGUCUGAUCCGCAAGUCCCAGCCUCCCCACGAGCACCCCGAGAUUCUCACUCGCCCAAUGGAUGCCCACGCCGAUGUUCGUGCGUUCUUGGCUGAGCGUAGCAAGGUUCUGCACCUGAGUGGCCUUCCCCACGAUACCACGCAAUCGGAGUUGGAGAGCUGGUUUACCCAAUUCGGUGGCCGGCCCAUUGCCUUCUGGACUCUGCGGACUCCGGACCAGCACAAGCCCACCGGCACUGGCUUUGCGGUGUUCUCGUCCCAUGAGGAGGCUGCUGAAAGCCUCUGCAUGAACGGCCGUGCCCUCAACGAAAAGGCCAUUGAGGUUUCACCCUCCUCCAGCCGUGUUCUCGACCGGGCGGCUGAGAUUCUUACGCCAUUCCCGCCUUCCAAGAACCGCCCACGUCCCGGUGACUGGACUUGCCCGUCCUGUGGCUUCUCCAACUUCCAGCGCCGUACUGCCUGCUUCCGCUGCUCGUUCCCUGCUAUGGCGGCGGCUCCCGACCCGAUGGGAUACGGUUAUGGAUACGGCCCGCCAAACAUGAUGCCUCCUCACAUGGGCCAUGGCCACGGAAUGGGUGGUCACGGACGUGGCAUGGGCGGAAACGGUGGUGUGGUUCCUUUCCGUGCCGGUGAUUGGAAGUGCGGCUCCGAGGGAUGUGGUUACCACAAUUUUGCCAAGAACAUCAACUGUCUUCGCUGUGGUGCUCCCCGCUCGGGUGCUGCUGUCGUGGCCGACUCAGCGUUCCCAUCGCCCAUGGAACCCCCGUCGCAGUUUGGCAUGGGUCCUAACUCAAUGGCCAGCACUCCCGCUCCCGGUCCGUUUGCCUCGACUGCCGGCGGCUUUGGGGGAUUCAGCCAGCAGUUUGGCGGGCCCCCUAACAACUACGCUCUCCCCUCUGGUGGUCUGAGCAACACCCCCGGUGCCUACCCUCCCAUGGGCCAGGUCAACUCGGGAUACGGCUCGUCGAACGCCUCCCACUCUGCUGCCUCCUUCGCCAACCCAGCUACUCAGGCGGCUUUCACCGGCGCUGAUCACGGAGUGCCGUCCACCAGCGCCUCCAACGGUGCCUUCUACGGUGGCUCCGAGGGCUCCAGCGACCCCUUCGCCUUCCUGUCUACCGGCCUCGGUGGCCUGACGGUCUCUGAUGAUGCUCACUCGCGCCGCAACGGCGCUGGUGCUAACAAGUCGCCCGCUUAA